UUAAGAUCUUAAUGCCUGAAAACGUGUGCGUUCUAUUUUGCUCAUCCCACGUGAUACCAAAACCUGUAAUUUACACCCCUGAGCGAGAUGUCGAGUAUCCCUGACACAUGGGCUUCCCACAAACUGAAAGCCUACUCUUACUUCUAAUAAUCUUUCCUCUGUUUCAGCUUCUUGUGUCGUUCCCCACACCUUCUAAAGUACGCUGUGUGUUAGAGCCUUGGCUAAAACAUGUGGGCUUCUGUCUGAUUUACGGUUCCUUGGCGCUGAAGACGUGGAGAGUGGUGUUGAUUUUCCGGGUACGCUCGGCUCGUAAGCUGGCCAUAGGAGACAACGUAUUAUUGAAGAGGCUGUCAGCCAUGAUAUUGCUGUAUUUGAGUUACUUGACUGUGUGGAUGGUGAUACAACCUCCUUCAACCGAGUCUGGUGUUACCACUGAUAAGUUGAAAUAUAAAAGAUGCUCAAAAGGAUGGUUUGAACACAUUAUUUUAGCAGCCGACUUUCUGGUCCUUGCUUGGGGAAUGUUGCUUAGUUUUAAAGUGAGAAAAGUACCCCAAGUUUACAACGAAAGCAGAUUUAUCAGCUAUGCCACCUACAAUGCCAUGUUUAUUAUAUGUUUUAUCACCGUUCUCAGGUGAGACAAGGAACUAAAUUCUCAUAUCAGACCCCUGGGUGAUUUAAUGUACCUUAUUUAUUCAACAGACUAGGACACUUGGUACGACAUGACAUAAAUAAAAAAAGAUCCCCAAACAUUUAUCCACUGAAGCGAUGGAAUCAAGACACUGUAUGAGGGUGUUGUCAACCACCUUGACGUUACAACGUUGCCUAGUUACUG